GUUCCUAAAAGCUAAUUCUCGUCCUAUAUUUUUUGACCCUACUCUCAAUUCAGCUUCAAUAAUAAUAAAAAAUAUUUACGACAUUUUCACCUUGUCCGCGCGCAAACUGCACGAAACAGUCACGUCACUGAAGCGCACAAAUCCCCAGGCAUGGAAAUUUGGAGCCAUGAAAACAAUGAUUGAAGGUCUUUUCGUUGCCCUGUACCAAAUCAUCCGUACCUACAUAUCACAGUUGACGUGCGGGAGUAAACUUUUGCACUGGAUCGAUAAGAAAGCCGUGAGGAACUUGGGCGCAGAGGCAUAUCUGAAAGUACUGAAGGCGAAGCAGACCAGUUACAACCCUUCUUUUCUUAAGUGGUUAGAGAACAUGAAGGUCCUGUGA